AUGGCGCCGUCAUCUUCUCCUGCACUGCCUCUCAAUGUGAACCCAUCGACGACGCCGUCAAGACCAACAAACACAGGGUCUUCUGGAGUCUCAACUUCCACCGCUAUUUCAACUAAAGCUGCGACCAACCCGUCAGACAUAUCCAGCCCACACGAGUUAACGGCUUAUGUCGAGUCGCUCUUAGAGCAAUUGGAUGGGAAGUUCGAUGAUAUGUCCACGCAGAUGCUCGACCGUAUGAUGCAGAUGUCUACGCGUGUAGAUGCCUUAGAAGCUGCGAUACAAGACAUAAUUAACGGCGACGGUACUACAGUGCCGCCGAGCGUCCCACAAUCUCCUGCAGUGGCCCCACGGCGCAAUGGUAGCUCGUGAUGACGAUCACGUCUCGCUUUCUCGGACAUCGCGAUACCAUAAGAUGCGAGCAACAUGUCGUUGAUUUAUCUAGUGCCUGUGCUCCGAUGGACAAACGAUAGCCGGCCGUAUCGUACUUUUCUGUAGCACACGCACACCCGUAUUUCUAGCGGAGAAGCACAAAGCUUUCUACUCAGUACCUGACCCCUCUCCAUGCUGUAUCAACGCGAUUAUCGAUCACUUACGUUGAUCAGGG